UUAGUUCAAUAUAUUACAUUACCUUCUUUCUAAAUAAUGGCUUCUGUUUCCUUUCCUUCAUUAAUUUUAUUCCUUUUCCUCUACUGGGUCUCUCUAAUCUCACCCAUCUAUUCCCUCAGCUGCACAUCAGAUAAGCUCAGCAACACCAAAAUUCAGUACCCCAACUGCACUGAUCUUUCCACUCUUAAUGCAACACUGCAUUACUCCUACAAUGUCGCCACCUCCUCCCUUUCCAUCGCCUUCCUAGCUGCUCCGGCCAAACCUGAAGGAUGGGUUGCUUGGGCCUUAAACCCAACAGGGAGUGGCAUGGUGGGGGCUCAAGCACUCAUUGCGUUCAAAUCCAAUAGUUCUUUGAUAGUUAAGAAGUACAGUAUUACUUCCUACAGCAAAAUAGAGGAGACGAACAUAUUGGCCUUUGAUGUGUCGGAUUUAAGAGCGGAGGCAGGGGCAGAUGGAAAAUUUGUUAUAUACGCGACGGUAAAGGUGCCGGAGAAGGCCGAAUUGGUGAAUAUGGUGUGGCAGGUGGGUGGCAUGGUGGCGCAGGGUCACCCGAUGAGACAUGCGAUGAGUGAUGAGAAUUUGAAGGCUAAGGGAGCGCUACAGUUGGUGGCUACUAGCGGAGCGGGGAAUAGAGACAGUUUUAUGGGUUUGUUAUUGAUUGGAUUUUUUUUUCUUUUUUCUGCUUCUUUUCUGAUUUAAAGUAGUUCUUGUGCCUGUGCUGUAAUAUCUGCCAAAGCUAAUUCAAAGAUAUCUAAUCGUAAUUAUAUAUAUGAAAAAGGGUGGUAAUUCUAUAUAUAUGUUUUUAUUCUUUCGUUUUAAAAUAAAUAAUAAUUGAUAUUAUUUAUU